GUCCGAUAAUUCCUGAUGGUCCAUGAUUUCCACAACCGCGUGACAACUUUCCCCUUCUCUCUCUCGCUCUCUCCAGGGCUUCCGCAUCGCAAUUCUCGAUCCUUCGGCUUCUCUGCGAGGCGCACCAGGGACGCCAUGUCGAGUCCUCCCUCCCCUUCCUUCCCCACCAUUCGAUGGCCGCGCCUCCUCUCCCUCCUCCUCUUCUUCUUCCUCGUCCUCACCUACGGCGCUCUGGGCGGCGGCCGCCAUGUCAUGACCAUCCCCUCCUCCACCUUCCGCUCCCCCCGCGCCCUCGCCUGGGACCCCACUGCACAACACUUCCUCGUUGGAUCCAGCCUUUUUCCGGCCGCCUUGGCUUCCGUCUCCGACGCCGGCGUCACCGAGACCCUCGUCUUCGACCCCAUCCUCCCUGCUCAAUCCUCAGUUGCCGCACUCGCCGUAGACGAUCGCCGCCGCCGCCUCCUCGUAGGCCUAACCAAUCCCUCCGCUCUCGCUGCCUACGAUCUUCGUUCCCCCCGCCCCCACCGCCGCAUCUUCCUCUCACCUCUCCCCGAUCCCUCCGCCGCACUCGGCGGCGUCGCCGUUGACCACUCCACAGGGGCGGCCUUCGUCACCGCCGGGAGCGUCGUCGUGAAGGUGGAUCUAGACGGGGCGGUUUCCGUUCUUUCCAGAUCAACGAUUUUCAGCGCCGAUCCGUCGUCGGAAGGCCUGGGCGGGCUAGUGCACGGGAGAAACGCGUACCUGUUGGUGGCGGAAAGAGGCGGCGCUGGUAGGGUGUUCAGGGUGGACGACGAGAACGGAGGAACCAAGGAGGUGCUGGGAAAGGCUCUGGCUUCUGCGGCGGAAGGAAUCGCGUUGCGGGCCGACGGAGGGGCGGUGAUGGCUCGCGGAGGUGCGGGAGCACGGUGGCUGAGGAGCAGGGACGCGUGGUCGGAAGCAGUAAUCGAGGACGAGGCGGCGGUGGAGGAAGGGUGGCUGGCGACGGCAGUGGCAGUGCGAGAAGGGCGGCGGGCUUACGUGCUGGUGACGCCCGCGGAGGAGGGCGGGGGAGAGAAGGGGAGUAGGAUAGAGGAGGUGGAAUGGAGGAAGGAAAGAGAAGAGGACACGGUGUGGUUGUUUGUGCUAAUCGGUGCGGGCUUCGCCAUUUUCCUCUACUGGAGGUAUCAGAUGAGGCAGCUAGUCGCCAACAUGAACAAGAAGAUUGCAUGACAAGAACAACGCAAACGAAUGCUUCAAAUUUAUCGUCUAUCAGGCAUCAGGUCAGGCCAACACACUGGAGUAGGUUGCCAUUGCAUUGUAGAUGCUGAUGAACCCAUUUCCAUUGAGGUGAAUGUACCUCUAUGAGAUGGUCAUAGAACAAUUGUUGCUGACCCACCCACACUAGCUUGAUGGGUUAGGUAACUUGUUCUCAUUCCAACAAGAACCCACCCACACUAGCUUGAUGGGUUAGGUAACUUGUUCUCAUUCCAACAAGGGAGGGGCUAUUCACACCCUAACGUCCACUAAACAAAUCCUAAUUUUUUUCUCUCAAAAAUAUCCUUAGGUGACAAAUCUAAAAUAUCCUUUUCAUAAAAUUUAUAAAAUAUCUUCCUCCCCUCUUUCUCCUUCCUCCAUCCUUCU